AUGGAAGGUAACUACGAGACGUUUAGGAUCAAGACGAUGUAUCCCACACACACAUGUGGUGGCGGUAUUGGCACAUCCUCACAUCCCAAGGCAUCAAAAAAGUGGGUGAGUGCACGUGUCAUACAAAAGCUGAAGGACUGUCCCCUAUAUAGGGUUAUUGACAUUCAGCGUGAUAUGUUGCGAGACCACGGUGUCUAUUUAUCCUAUAAACAAGCUUGGCUAGGGAAAGAGGUCGCCAAGAAUGUUCUCCAUGGGAGUGAGGUGGCGAGCUAUGAUUUAUUGAUGUGGUACGGGAAGAAGGUAUUAGUAACAAACCCUAGUAGCGUUGCUAUAGUAGAGAAUGAUGGUUCCCGUUUCAAACGUGCAUUUUUUGGCUUCAAAGCAUGUGUCAUUGGUUUCAAGACCGGAUGUAGGCCAUUGUUGUACCUGGAUGGAACUCACUUGCUCGGUAAGUACGGGGGCACUUUGUUAGGUGCAACGGGAAAAGAUGGGAACGAUGGUUUCUUUCAUGUAGCAUUUGCAAUCGUAGAUAAUGAAACGGAUGCGAACUGGACGUGGUUCUUGUCAAAGCUUGGAGAUACUAUAUACGAUGAUGACGAAUAUGUGAAAAUUAUUACAUUUAUAUCUGAUAGGUCCAAGGGCCUUAUCAAUGCUGUCGCGAAGAAAUCCGAUCUGGCACACUGGGCGAACUACAUGUUCAAAGGUGAUAGAUGGGGGGAGAUGUACUCAAACGUGGCGGAGUCGUUUAGUGCAUGGAUAAAAGAGGCACGCCAUCUCCCUAUCACAAACAUGGUAGACUCAAUAAGGUUUAAGCUGAUGGGCAUGUUGGGUCAUCGACAUGAACAAUCUCAAAGAUGGGAGAGACGUCUAUGUCCUGUCAUUCAUCGAAAGAUUGAGGAACUUGUUGAAGAGUCUCGCAACCUACUGGUCGGUCGUUCCGACGGUGACCAUUUUGAAGUGGUUGACCAAAAGAACUACUGCAUCAGUUUGAACGCUCGGACAUGCUCAUGUCGUAGGUGGCAGGUGUAUGGCAUUCCAUACAAACAUGCAUGUGCGGCAAUACUGCAGACAGACACAAAUAUUCAUCGAUAUAUCGAUGACUACUUCACAGUGGACUCUUACCGACAAGCAUAUGCAGAAGCCAUAUUUCCAGUACCAGAUAAUGACAAACCAGAUGAUAUCAACCGCGAACUACUUGUGCGUCCUCCAAUCACCAAGAAGCCAGUUGGUCAGCUAAGAAGGAAGCAUCUAGAGUAA